UGAUGUUGAGCUGUAAACAUGUAUUCUAAUUGCUUCAGCUACAAGAUUUAAGUCAUGUCUGCAGUGCUUUCUUUCACGAUUCCGAUAUUACUCAUCUUUGAAAGAAGAAUUUUUGUUUAGCAGAACUGCACUCUAUGCCACAAUUUUUGGGAAGGAAACACCAUCUCUUGAUCAAACAGUAACAGUUCUACUGCAAAACCCCCGCAAUGGUUUCCGCCUCUACACCGCAUCAAUUCCAGAGAUUUAUUGUCCGGUGAUGAUCAGCAACAACGGUUUGAUCUGAGUGAAGGCUGUUGCAGUGGAGGCGGUUCGGCGUCGUUGCUUGGUCGGUCCAGCUCUUUGGAUUCUCUCGGUGUCGGAUGGAUGAGAGGAAUGAAGGGGAGAUCCGACCUCGUCCGAGUUCUAGGCAUCUCAGCUUUUGGAAGUUCUUGGCUGUUUUGCGCAGGCAGGCUCAUCGUCAUCUUCUGGUGCCGGAGCUGGAGACUUGCUACAAAUCUUUAUAAAAUGGGUCAACAGUGCUACAAUUAUAAAAGAUCCCACCGAAAUUAGCAAGAGUUUUUGCUAGGAUUACAUUCUGAAGUUGUCAAGCUAAGCUGUAACUCCAUGCGAAGUAACAAACCCGCUCUGGAUCUUCUUCUAUCGUUUACGGAAGGUCAUGCAGGCUCAACAACUGUUCAGACAGCAAAAGCAGAUCGACCAACAACACAUCGUGCUGCUCCCACAUACGAAUUCACCCACGAGACCCCAGCAAUGACCACGCUGAGAUUGGAUUCAGCUCCGAGAAGGAAAUACAGAGGAGUGAGACACAGGCCGUGGGGGAAAUGGGCGGCCGAGAUAAGAGACCCGUCGAAGGCCUCGAGGGUGUGGCUCGGCACGUUCGACACGGCUGAGGCGGCGGCUCGGGCUUACGACGAGGCCGCCCUCCGGAUCAGACGCAACAAGGCCAAGCUCAACUUCCCCGAGAACGUCCGGCUACCUCCACUGCCGCCUCCCACGGUCUCCGCGGCCGAUCCCGCAGAGACCCGCCUCGCCGUUUCCCGUGAGUUGCCGGAUUCGGGCAAUUCCGACGCCAUCGACCGCGACGGGGAGACUCCUGUGCAGCGGUUUCUUGGAAAGAAUCUCAAGGAAUAUCACGGUGAUGUUCUUCUUCUUCAAGAACGAGCGCAGAGACGACCCGUGAGUCUGGAUGAGCAGAAGGCCCGGUCCGACUCGUCGUUGGGGACGCAGUUUCAGUCAUCUUUCUCGCCCUCCUCCUCCUCUUCUGCUUCAUCAUCAUCAUCAUCAUCAUCAAGUUCAGUGCUUGCACAAGCUCCAGACUCUGCUCUUUUCGUGUCUUCUCGACCAAACGUGAAUUUGAGGUUACAAGUGGGUCAGAUAGGUGGUGGAGCAGCUGAUGAGCUUUCUCUGCCUCCAUGGACAGAUUCUAGCCAUCGCAGUUCUUCUUCUGGAUAGGAUUUUUCAUGUCUUUUUUUCCUUCUCUUUUGUUAAUUGCAGUUGUAUUCAGUUCCCUUUUGCUGUUGUAUGUGGAUUAGCUCAGACAUACUGACAAAAUUGAAAAAAAUGAUAGAAGCAGAUUUUCAAUGGA